GGGUACACCACUGAUGACAUAGAGUUCUACUGGCGAGGAGGUCACAACGCUGUGACGGGGGUAGAGAGAAUAGAACUACCCCAGUUCUCCAUAGUGGACCACAAACUAAUCUCCAAGAAUGUCGUCUUCUCUACAGGUGAUGUCUUAUGCCCCAACUGCCCCUAUAUGAAGCUUAUCUCUCCCAUUUACUUAUCAAUAUAGCUAAGUACAGAUACAAAGACUACAGAGGAGACAAAAAAGUGCUUCUGUUACAAGGUUAUCCCUGGCCAGUUUCUGAAUAGGAGCUCUCAUGGCGUUUCCAGAAAAUGCCAUGUUACAUCAGUCUAGCUGGUUUCCUGUAAUGGCACAGGCCAAGCUAGAGACCCUCGCUGUGCAGUGCAGGGACCAUGGGGGUGACUAAGGGCCGGCUGGUAAAUUGCAUCCAUUUAUAGGUCAGUUAGAUGCUCCGACAUUGGGUCUCCUCUGACAAUCUGGCACAUGCAUGCCGUUUCCAGGACAUUCGCCCCAUAAGGGGGAGAGCGAGGUUCUUAUUAAGGGGGAAGAGUGAUGUAGGGUCCAGUGAGAGAGGCGGAGGGGGACCCCGUGGUGGUUCCGGAAUGGAUGUGGGAUGUUCCUGCUUCAGCCGAACUAGCACAGGCCCCACCGGCAAAACGGGGGCCACCCCUGCCCUCAGAAAUGGAGCAUGCUCAUGACUUAUUAAAAAAAAAAUCUUGUUUGAUGGAAUUAUUUAUUCAUAAUCUACCUUAUUUUAAUAUUCAUGAAUUUGUCAUGCAAGCAGGCAGUAGGACAGUGGCAGUGUCUAAUUUAUUGAACGGGAGCAGUACAAUGACACAGAGUGAGUCAAACAAUUACAGUGUAUCUCGGGGCCUAAGCUUGUCCUGUGCCUUACGAAGCUCAUGUGUCCCCAUGAACUGGUAAACCCAAUGUUUUGUGAUGCAUAGAGAACGUAUAGUAGUUAUAGUUCAUCCCUUUCUGUGUGGGCUGUGACUGCACUGCUUAGGGGAUUACCAUUUUCUACAGCAGCCUGCUGAGACCCGUAAGGGCUGACCCUCAGGUCACAUGCAGAAGCACACAUCAGCAGAAAUGGUUGGCAUUUAUCAAAUACCCCCCACCCCCUCCCCCAAUGUUGUGGUAAAGACCAAAAAAUGCCCUUGUUGCUCUAUUAACAAGACUGUAACCUUAACACCCCCACUGUUUCAUUAGUCCUUGAGGAAACCCUCCCUGCAUCUCUAUUUGCUGUGCGCCACACACUAAACUCACUGAAAAUCUUUUAACUAACGGCAACGUCAAAACUAACUGUGAACUACUCACAGGAGAUGUGUGCCGGCGGCGUUUUUUAUACCCACUCUGUAAUAUAUUCACUUUCUCUUCCUACUCCUCUUGCACCUUCUGUUUAGCUUUUCCUCAGCUCCUGAUACCGUGGGUCCUUCUUGAUGUCAGCUCUAACGGUCCCCCCUCGCCUGUCAUUGUAGUAGAAUAAUACAACCUAACCAAAAUACAAUCCAAUCCCCAAGGACACAAUAUAUGAGCGUGUUCAAGCAAUGCUGCCAUAAAGUGGCCUAAUGGGUUUAUUUCAAAUAAAGCCUAGAUAAGAAACAAUGUAGUGCUCUCCUAGGCAGGAAAAUAAGCCCUCUCUUCAUACAUAUAGAUAUAGGCAUAACCCUGAUAAUGCAAGAGAACGCUGAUGCCACAGUGUUAGAACCAGAACCAGUAUUCCUUCUGUUGAGUAUUUCCCCAACAGAUAUCUUGGAGGCAAACAACAGGGAGUGGGACCCUUCAGGCAGCCUUUGUCAGGCAUACUGUAGCUUGUCAGAACCAUAUACUGUAGUGGUAGCCUCUGGAGGCAAGCGUAAAGCAAAGUAAAGUCAAUAGAAAGUUAUCCGGCAACAAGCCUAGCAGACACGCCACCUGUAUAACAACGUCUAUAUGUUGAUAUUUUUCCCUGUAGGAUCCUACCCUCGACUCUCCCUCAGCUUCAAGUUGAAGAGGAACAUCGGCUACUUCAUCCUGCAGACCUACAUGCCCUCUAUCCUGAUCACCAUCCUUUCCUGGGUCUCCUUCUGGAUCAACUAUGACGCUUCCGCUGCCAGAGUUGCUUUGGGUAGGGACUGUGUCAUGGAUUUGUCAUGUGACCAGUGACUAAGCUAAUGACAACCUUAGCCAAAGCACAAGUUUGAGGCAUGGUUUAGUUAGCGGGAAUCAAUAGUGUAACACUAUGUCAUAAAAAUACCAACAGGAUGUUGUGCUGUGUCUUUUUUAAAAACAAAUAUCUGUAUUGGUUUUGAAUCUCAUCUAUAAUAGUCUCACCUUACAUUGCCAAACCAUAUUUGCUUGAAUUCAGGAAGGAGAAAAAUAUGUAUUUGUUUUAUGUUGGAGUUUCACUUUAGCUUUUUACAAAUGCCAUGAGAGAAAAAGACAUGAUGUAGCAGCAUUGCAGAACACAACAACCGAGAUGCUUCCUAAAGUAGAGUGAUGGAUGACUGAAGUGAUUUGUUUCCACUUUGAUUUGAGUGCCUCUGCGUUUUUUGUUCCUCGUCAUUACGUAAGUCUGGCCCAUGAGGUCCGUGGUGCGUGGGAUGUAGGAAGCUCCCCUCUCUCUUGCCCCUCCCCGUGGCUUGCUCCCUCAAUAAGAGCAGCACUCUCCCUGAUUGGAGACUGACCUGCAUUUAUUUCUCCAAGAGGGAAGCAUGUGCAGGAUUUAAUGAAAACCAGAAGUAAUGCUUAAUAAUGGAGGCGGCUGAACAGGGGGUACAGGCUCAACCCAGAUCAGACCUCUGUUCAGGAACCGUUUGACCCUGUCCUGCUUUCAGCCAUUAUAGGCACUAACUACAGCAAAUACCGGUGUGGCAGGUGCAUUGCAAUUGUGUAUGGAUGCAAUGCCAAGCUUCUAUCAGCAACUUGUCAUUGACCAGAAUCAGAGGUAGACAAUUAAGUAUGUAAUUUACAGAUUGUAUUUAGAGUCAAUACAAAGAAAGCAAGAAUAAUUGGUGUCAUAGUAAAAGAGUUGAAACAAGACAUCAGUAAGCUUCACCAUAUAAAGAGAAAACGCCAAAGCCCCUUUUAACAGUAUGUUGACCUCCAAUUUGACUGUCACGACUCAUUGAACGGAAAUGGUAGUGAAAGCCAGCAGGGGCUUUCUUGUCAGUCACAGCAGCCUACUUGCUAGAACAUUCAAAUGUAAAAUGAAAAGCAGAAUGCACCUGAUGAUACCUGACCCCUCAGAUCUGAGGUCAAGGCUUGAAUUUCUCUCUCUCUGGGAGUCCUCUGCUAAUGAGGUGGAUUGUUGGUCUCCUGUGAUGGUGAUGAUGGGCAGGUUAUUUUCCCAGGAAUCACCACUGUGCUGACCAUGACCACCAUCAACACUCACCUGCGGGAGACCCUUCCCAAGAUCCCCUACGUCAAGGCCAUUGACAUGUACCUUAUGGGUUGCUUUGUGUUCGUCUUCCUGGCCCUACUGGAGUAUGCCUUGGUCAACUACAUCUUCUUCGGCAGAGGACCCCAGCGCCAGAAGAGAGCAGCUGAGAAAGAAGCUGUCGCCAACAACGAGAAAAUGAGAAUGGAUCCAAACAAGGUACAGUGUAGCCCAUGCACCUACACAGCAUUUUCCUGUAUAGGAUACCCAGUAUUUUAAAGAGUAGCCCACUGGAUAGAUGAUACGAGUUAGGUCAAGCCUCUCCAUCCCUAUUCCUGAAGAGCUACCGUCAUGUGGGUUUUUGCUCCAACCCUGAUCUAGCACACCUGAUUCUAAUAAUUAGCUGGUUGAUGAACUGAAUCAGGUAAGUUACAACUGGGGUUGGAAAACCUACAGGAGGGUACCUCUCCAGGAACAGGGUUAGAGUGAAAACCUACAGGAGGGUAGCUCUCCAGAAACAGGGUUGGAGUGAAAACCUACAGGACAGUAGCUCUCCAGGGACAGUGUUGGAGUGAAAACCUACAGGAGGGUAGCUCUCCAGGAACAGGGUUGGAGUGAAAACCUACAGGACAGUAGCUCUCCAGGAACAGUGUUGGAGUGAAAACCUACAGGAGGGUAGCUCUCCAGGAACAGUGUUGGAGUGCAAACCUACAGGAGGGUAGCUCUCCAGGAACAGUGUUGGAGAGCCCUGCUCUAGGUAGUGAAUAAUCUUUGUGCACACUUAGAGAAAUUGUUUAUUUUCAUACACCACAUACUUGAUAGAAAUAUGACUUAUCGUAGAUAUUCACAAAAGGUAUAAUAAUUAAACAUGCGUAGUCUUUCCUGUAUCGUGAAUCGCUGUACUAGUUGUUCCUGUCCAGUCUGUUCUCAUAACUACACUGUGAUUUCACUGUGAACACACACACAUUUUCAGAUGAAAGUAGUGCCAUGACUUGAUUCUUGAGCUUACAUGAAUUUGAUGUUUUGUCUUUUUCGUCUUCACUUUAUGAAAGUGGAUUUAAUUAUUGAAAGGACUGACUGUGGAGACAAGCAAGGUAAUCAUGAUGGGGAAUUGUGUCACCACUUCAAAUGGGGGGUUGGAUUAAUGCUACUCUGCCUUACCGUCAAGGAGAACAAGCCUUUAUGAGCAUACAUCAGUCCUGUGUGAAAUCCAAAUAAGGCGCUUUGCCGUCUGAAACACAGGCAGACAGAGAUGAUCUGUCACUGUGUUUUUUUUUGUCCAAAUUAAAUGGAAUGAAAGGCAAGGAACCCUUUAGAACCCAUGGGAGAGCCUGGAAAGCUUGUGAAGUGAAGAACAACGUGAAGAGUAUUCUUCCUGUUACAUUUACCUGUUUUGUAAUGUCCCGAAAUGGGAUGGAGAAUUGUAAAAGCUUUUCUCUUAUCUACAUGGUAACUGGGUCAACUCAAUGAACACACAGUGUAUCAGGGUCUGUACUGUUUUCAGGUUGACUCAUACAACAGAAAAACAUGCUUUGGAUAGAGAUUUGGAUGACACUCAGAGUCAAAAUGUGAUAGUUGCAGCAAAUGCCUCUCUGACUAUGGUUACAUAAAACAGAAUUGUCUAUUUUGUGUUGCCUCUCUAGGCAGCUGACUCAAGUGACCAUAAUGAUUUUGUAUGCUUGCAGUGGUUGGUGGGAAAUGUAGUUCAGAGAGACGACACUCUGUAUGCCAGAAUGAAACAGAGGGAUAUUGACGCUCAUGACUCGAUGUGGGAACCAAUCUUUGUGGACGAUGCAGCGAUAGGACUAGGCGAGGAAAAGAAUAAGGUACUGGAUUAACAACUGAGAGUGACAACAUACAGUACAAUGCAUUCAAUAUUUACAACCCAACUACAGUCACUUUUAUAGUUUGACUUAUUAAAUUGUACCUAGAGUUUCCAUCAUCAUCACCAUCACCAUCAUCACCAUCAUCAUCAUCAUCAUCACCAUCGUCCUCCCCUUAUCCCUGAACUCCACUUUUAGACGCUGGUUUGCACAUUCUAAACAAAUGUAAAUGUAAUGGACGUAUCUGCUGUACUCUAUAUGGUAACAUCUAGCAAAUAAUAGCUGGGAUGGAUAGCUUCCCAUUUUGGUGAAUACAUUAUACGUUUCAGUAGCUAUGUUUCCAUCCAAUUGGUGACAGAUUUUCAUGUAAAUAUUCUCAAAUCUGCAUAAAAACAACAUUUUCCCACCAGAUAUGUAUUUCCAUCAAAUGUACUUGUUUACAGAUAAAAGGCUGUGCGUGAUGACGCAGUGCACAUAAAAAAUACAUUUUGUGGUUAAAUUCCCAUGUACCAAAUAGAAAAUACAAGUUAAAUGGGUUUCCAUCACAUUUUCAACUCUACUGAUGGUUUUCUCACAAACCAAUGUGCGUUAUAUAGCGAAUGUGCCCACUCUGGUAUUGGCACGUGCGCACUAGCCAACAGUUAAUAGAUACAGUGCAGGUAUAGCCUACACUACAUUAUGAGAUAUUAUGGAGAAAAAAAGCGAAAUAUGUUUAUUUUUCAAAUGGCAGCCAAGCAUCGAUGAUCAUGUCACCAGAAUAAUAUAUAAUAUUCCAAUAUUUAUUGGAAAGGAGCAUCAAGCUAAUCACCUUGCACUUUCACCAACCUGUGAAGUUCAUCAUAAUUUAUUUAAUCUGUAGCCUAAUAAACUGCAUGCUUUCCCGGUGAGUUUACUUCGAUAUGAUGGUUAUUAUAUCAAUAAUUGCGCAUUAAAAGCGUUUCCACCGACAUUUCUCACAUAAUACAUUUUACAGACACAAAAAGAUCCCACCUUGCCUAGCAUAUUUUGUUUUGUCGACAUUUGGAAAGUUUGCCGGCAAAUGUUGUCUUUCCAUCAGGCCUGUCAUGACACUGGCAUAAAAAGGUUGGAAGGAAACCUGGGUAGUGUGUUAUUCAUUUCUGAAUAUUAUGUUAUGGGUGAUUUGGUUGUAAUACACAUGUAGAAUCUUAGUUUGAUCACCCUGUUGCAGGAGAAUUUUCCAGGAAAUGUAAAACUUGUAGUGUAUUUGAGGUUGAAAAGGCUUCUGAAGUUUGUAAUUUCCACUUAGACAUUUCAGACAUUAUUUUCUCUUACAAACAAUGUCCAUUAAUUAUAAUCCACAUAAUAAUUCACAUUUCCUGUUGCUGCAGGAUCAUUUUCCAGCUGUAGCUAACUGGCUCAAAUUAACAUCCUACAUCUAUAAGGUCACCAUAUGGUUGGGUCUGUGUUCACACAGAGUGUGAUGAGAAAUUCACCUUACCCUCUCUAUCUCUACAAUAUAUUAUUGUUACACCAACACUGGCAUUGUCAUCGUCUGUUAUCGCCAUCUCUGUUUACACUUUGUGUUAUAUCAGUGGUUUUAGUCAUCCAAUUCUAGAUUCAAAAAGUGUUUAAUUGUGCCUGUUAUUUUGUUUAUUCAACUCAACAUUGUCAGUGAGUAUAACUCACUGCAAAGCAGUAAGUACAGUAAUCCUUUCACAUUCUAGGAACCCGCAGCUCCCUUUUACCCAAAUAAACAUGAGUUUAUCAUGAGUUCUUUCAAGUUUUGUUUGCAUGCCAUCCUAUAUUACGAACAUAUUUGUUAUAAGACAAUUAGUUAUUGAAUGAUAAACUGUAUUAACACUACAAUAUCAAUAUGAUAUGUUGUUUUAGAAACCAAAAUAACCUAAGUCACUGAAUUAAUUUCCAGAGUGUAAACUAAAGACAUAUUCCAUUGAUAUUCAUUUGUCAUUAUAAGAUGUAUGGGUUAAUGGUUAGGACAGGGUGAGUAAAGGAAAACGAGUUGUUUUCUAGAACAAAUACGUCAUCUCAGAUUUAACAUGAAUUGUGAGCAGGGGUUCUUACAAAAUGUUUAAAGACAACUUUGGCGGAUACUACACUAACCGUUCAAAGGUUUUAGAACACCUACUCAUUCAAGGGUUUUCUUUAUUUUUACUAUUUUCUACAUUGUAGAAUAAUUGUGAAUACAUCAAAAUUAUGAAAUAACACAUAUGGAAUCAUGUAGUAACCAAAAAAGUGUUAAACAAAUAUAUUUGAGAUUCUUCAAAUAGCCACCCUUUGCCUUGAUGACAGCUUUGCACACUCUUGGCAUUCUCUCAACCAGCUUCACCUGGAAUGCUUUUCCAACAGUCUUGAAGGAGUUCCCACAUAUGCUGAGCACUUGUUGGCUGCUUUUCCUUCACUCUGCGGUCCGACUCAUCCCAAACCAUCUCAAUUUGGUUGAGGUCGGGGGAUUGUGGAGGCCAGGCCCCUUCUUGGUAAAAUAGCCCUUACACAGCCUGGAGGUGUGUUGGGUCAUUGUCCUGUUGAAAAACAAAAUGAUAGUCCCACUAAGCCCAAACCAGAUGGGAUGGCAUAUCGCUGCAGAAUGCUUUGAUAGCCAUGCUGGUUAAGUGUGCAUUGAAUUCUAAAUAAAUCACAGACAGUGUCACCAGCAAAGCACCCCCACACCAUAACACCUCCUCCUCCAUGCUUUAUGCUGUGAAAUACACUUGCGGAAAUGAGAGCCAGUUUCAUCAUAGCGCUUGAUGGUUUUUGCGACUGCACUUGAAGAAACGUUCAAAGUUCUUGAAAUGUUCCGUAUUUACUGACCUUCAUGUCUUAAAGUAAUGAUGGACUGUCAUUUCUCUUUCCUUAUUUGAGCUGUUCUUGCCAUAAUAUGGACUUGGUCUUUACCAAAUAGGGCUAUGUUCUGUAUACCCCUCGUACCUUGUUACAACACAACUCAUUGGCUGAAACACAUUAAGAAGGAAAGAAAUUCCACAAAUUAACUUUUAAGAAGGCACACCUGUUAAUUGAAAUGCAUUCCAGGUGACUACCUCAUGAAGCUGGUUGAGAGAAUGCCAAGAGUGUGCGAAGCUGUCAUUUACAUUUACAUCAUUUAGCAGACGCUCUUAUCCAGAGCGACUUACAAAUUGGUGCAAAUAUAUUUUGAUUUGUUUAACACUUUUUUGGUUACAACAUGAUUCCACAUGUGUUAUUUCAUAGUUUUGUUGUCUUCACUAUUAUUCUACAAUGUAGGAAGAGAGAGAGAGGAGAGAGAGAGAGAGAGAGAGCGAGAGAGAGAGAGAGAGAGAGAGAGAGAGAGAGAGAGAGAACCUUUCAGAGCUACUCACUAAAAAAGUAUACAAAAGUCCCGAAGAAUGUCUUUAAGCGUGAUGUCUUGGUAUGGAUAAUGAAGACAUUAAGCGUUAGGCUGUCCAUCCAUUACAUAUAGCAUAACUAAUUAUGCAUUUAAUUUCUCACCUUGUAGAUGGACCCGCAUGAAAAUAUUCUACUGGGCACCAUAGAAAUUAAGAAUGAGAUGGGAGCAUCGGAGCUGACCCUUGGUCUCAGUGACCCCAGGAGCACCAUGUUAACUUAUGACAGCUCCACCCUGCAGUACCGCAAAGCAGGGCUGCAGGCCAGGCACAACUUUGGACGCAACACCCUGGAACGCCACGUGCCUCAGAAGAAAAGCCGGCUACGGAGGCAUGCUUCACAGCUGAAGAUCAACAUUCCCGAUUUGACUGAUGUAAACUCAAUCGACAAGUGGUCGAGAAUGAUCUUCCCCACUGUCUUUUCUUUGUUCAACAUAAUCUAUUGGCUCUACUACGUCAACUAA